UUUUCCCCUUAUUAUGCCAAAAUUAAUUACAAACUUACAAUCACAUCAAAAAUUAUUUUGACUAUGUCCAUAUUAUACGUAACAAAAUCAUAUAAAUACGAAAUUUCCUCCAUUAAAAUUAUUUAACUUUUGCCUCUUUUUUCUCCUCGUGAAGGAAAAUUCUUUAGUCUUUUUUCUCUCCUCGAGAAUUACGCAAACACAAAGACAAACCCAGAAAUAACUCAAAACUGAAAAGUUAAAAAAAAAAACAGAGAGAGAGAGGAAUGACGGCAUCAGGAGGAGGAGAAGGAGAAUCAACGGCGGCGACGGGGAGGAUGCCGACGUGGAAAGAGAGAGAGAACAACAAAAGGAGAGAAAGAAGAAGAAGAGCCAUAGCAGCUAAAAUAUUCACCGGACUUAGAUCUCAGGGCAAUUAUAAACUCCCUAAACACUGUGACAACAAUGAAGUCCUCAAAGCUCUUUGUCUCGAAGCUGGUUGGAUCGUUCACGAAGAUGGCUCCACUUAUCGAAAGGGUUCUAGACCAACAGAAGCAACACCGUUGUGUUCGUCAAUUCAGCUUAGCCCACAAUCAUCGGCCUUUCAAAGCCCAAUUCCGUCGUACCAAGCUAGCCCAUCAUCGUCGUCUUACCCAAGUCCGACCCGGUUUGAUCACAUUCCAAACCGGUUUGACCCGAAUCAAUCCUCGACUUAUCUCAUUCCUUAUCUACAAAACCUUGCUUCAUCAGGAAACCUCGCUCCUCUACGAAUUUCCAAUAGUGCCCCUGUUACACCGCCGAUUUCUUCACCUAGAGGAUCAAAUCCGAGACUUUCGAGAUGGCAAAGUAGUAAUUUUCCAGUCUCGGCUCCGUCAAGCCCAACGCGGCGUCUCCACCACUAUACAUCGAUUCCUGAAUGCGACGAAUCGGAUGUUUCGACGGUUGAUUCGUGUCGAUGGGGAAAUUUUCAACCGGGUAACGUUUCUCAGACAUGUCCUCCGUCGCCGACUUUUAACCUCGUCGGAAAAAGCGUUAUCAGCGGGGGAGGGGACUUGUCGGUGAAGCCGUGGGAAGGUGAGAAGAUUCAUGAUGUUGGUAUCGAUGACUUGGAGCUGACGUUAGGUAACAACACCAAAAGACGCCGCUAGGUUAAUAUCGUAGUUUUAACUAUUUAGUCGGGUCCGGUACGGGAUUUGGUUCCGGUUUAACCGUAGCUAAUAGGUUGGUCUUGGUCUUGGUCUUCAUGACUAUUUGUACAGUCAUUAUCAAUGCUUCAUUUCACAAAUCUUAUAGUAGUAUAUUUUUAUGUAAUGGUGGAUAAUGAAAAAUGCAAGUGUGAAAAUGAGAGGAACCAUUUCCCAUGUGGUGAUGGGGUCAUUUUUUAGUGGACCUGUAUUUUUGA